AAUGCUCCGUACAAAAGCAUGUCUGUCAGUCUGCAAAGCAAAAGAAAUAAUUAAGAAACUUAUAUACUUAUGAUAUAUUAUACAUUUUACCGUAGUAGUAGCAACAUAAAUCGGCAACCGAAAUGGGCAAGGCAAAAAAACAGGGCAAACGUGGCAAGGGCGACGAAAGCGAGUCCGAGACUGAAGUCGAGAGUCAAGAACUAAUCGAUAAGGCCAACGGUAAAAAAGGAAAGGCUGGAAAAAAUAAAACAGAAGACACUGAAGAUGUGAAAAAGGAAAAGAAGCCCAAAGGCAAAAAAGACAAACAGGUGGACGACGAUGAAAUCGAGCAGUCUAUGGCGGCACUCAAAGUCGAAGACGAGGAAAACAGUGAUAGUGAUUUAAAAGUGAAAAAGAAGAGUGAUGAAAGGACUAACAAAAAAGGUAAAAAGGCGAGAAGGAAGCGCGACGACAGCGAUGAGGACAUUGAAAAAGUAUUAGCAGAGUUAGAAUUAGAAUAUUCUGGUGUCAAAAAGGAGGAACCUGCUGCUGCUGCAGCUGCUAGUGCUGUGGUUAAAGAAGAUGAUGAGGAACAGCCAGAAGAAAAGAAAAAGAGUAAGAAGAAGGAGAAGGUCAAAGAACCAUCUGUGGAAAAGGAGGAGGAUAAAGAUGAUGAAGGUGUCACCAUAAAAACUGCUGCUCAGAAGAAAAAAGAGAAAAAGGAGCGUGAGAAGCAAAAAAAAUUGGCCGCGAAAAAAACAGUGAAACAAGACAGCGUUGAUAAUGACGCUGAACCUACUGAAGCUAAGCCUCAACCACAAGAUGCUGAAACUAAAGACAAUGAGGCUGAAGAUGGGGAGAAAGACAGCAAAAAGAAAAAGAAGAAAGGUAAAGAUAAGGAAGAAAAAGAAACAAAAGAUGCCAAGAAAGGACCUGGAAAGAAAACCAUAGCAGCCAUGCAAGAAGCCAUCAAGAAAAGGAAGGAGGAAGAAGAGAGGUUGAGGAAGGAGCUGGAGGAGCAAGAAAGAAGAGAAGAGGAAGCUGAAAAGGCAAGGCUUGAAGCCAUAAGAUUGGAGCAAGAAAGAAAAGAGAAGAAAAAGCAGAAGGAGAAGGAGCGCAAAGAAAGACUUAAGGCUGAAGGCAAGCUCUUGACUGCCAAACAAAAGGCGGACAGGGCGAGAGCUCAGGCGUUGAUAGACAGUUUGAAGGCGCAGGGCGUCGCAUUGCCGGACGUAGGCGAGAGAAAACCACGUCUAGGAACAAGGGUUCGACCCAAUAAACAAAAGAAAGAAAGUGCAGAAGUUGCUAAAACCGAGGAGGAGUCGAAAGUGGAGGAAGUCGUCGAACAGCCUGCGGAAAAAGUAGAGGAGGUGGUGAAGGAAAAGGAUCCAGAGGAUGAUAUUAAAGAUGCUUGGGACGCUUCGUCCGAUGAGGAAGAGAGCGAAGAAACUGCUCCGACUUCCGAAAGUAAAGUUGAAGAAGAAAAGCAGGAGAAGAAACAGGAUGAAGAGGAUAGCAGUACAGAGGAAGAAUCGGACGAGGAUGAUGAAAGCGAAGGUUCCGAAUCCGACGAUGAUGACGACGAUGGUAGAACGCAAGCCGAGAAAGCUAGAGAUCGUGCUAUUGAACGAAUCAAACGAAGGAAAGAGGAAGCGGAGAAGAACAGGACUGUGGACAACCUUCGUGCCGCUAUUGUGUGCGUUUUGGGCCACGUAGACACGGGUAAAACGAAAAUCUUGGACAAAUUGAGAAGGACGAACGUGCAAGAUGGAGAAGCAGGAGGUAUUACGCAACAAAUUGGCGCCACCAAUGUUCCAAUCGAAGCUAUCAAGGAACAAAUCAAAAUUGUCAAAGGCGCUUCUGAAAUGGAUCUGAAAGUUCCUGGUCUAUUGAUCAUCGACACACCUGGUCACGAAUCUUUCAGUAAUUUGAGAAAUCGCGGUUCGUCGCUGUGCGACAUCGCUAUUCUCGUCGUCGACAUUAUGCAUGGGCUCGAACCACAAACUAUUGAAUCCAUUAACAUCCUAAAAUCGAAGAAGACUCCCUUCAUCGUCGCCUUGAAUAAAAUCGAUAGGCUGUACGACUGGCAAACGAUGAAUAGGAAGGAUGUAAGAGAUAUCCUUAAGGCGCAGGCGUCAAAUACUCAACUCGAGUUUGAACAAAGGACCAAGGAUGUUAUACUUCAAUUUGCUGAACAAGGUUUGAACGCAGCCUUGUUCUACGAGAAUCCGGACAUCCGUAGCUACGUUUCUUUGGUGCCAACCAGUGCCAUCACAGGCGAGGGAAUGGGCAAUUUGCUCGCUUUAAUCGUUGAAUUUUGCCAAACUAAGUUGCCGAAACGACUCAUGUACUCGGACGAGCUUCAAGCCACGGUUUUGGAAGUGAAAGCCAUUCCUGGUUUGGGUACCACAAUCGAUGUUAUCCUAGUGAAUGGUACUCUGCGUGAAGGUGACACGAUGCUUUGCGCCGGAACUGACGGCCCGAUCGUCACACAAAUUAGGUCGUUGCUCAUGCCUCAGCCUUUAAGGGAGCUCAGAGUUAAAAACGCCUAUGUAGAAUAUAGGGAAAUAAAGGCAGCGCAGGGUGUGAAAAUCGCCGCCAAGGAGCUGGAAAAAGCGAUUGCCGGAUUGAAUUUGUACGUGGCACAAAAACCGGACGAAGUGGACGUGAUGAAGGACGAGGUGGCGAAGGAAUUGCGUUCUGCCUUGUCCAACAUAAAACUGGUGGAAAGAGGUGUAUACGUCCAAGCUUCCACGCUCGGGUCGCUCGAGGCUCUCUUGGAAUUCUUGAGAACCAGCAAAAUACCCUAUUCCGGCAUCAGGAUCGGACCUGUGGUCAAAAAGGAUGUAAUGAAGGCGUCAAUCAUGUUGGAGCACGAGAGCCAAUACGCCACUAUAUUAGCGUUCGACGUGAAAGUCGAAAGGGAUGCCCAAGAAUUGGCGGACAGUCUCGGGGUUAAGAUCUUCCAGGCCGACAUCAUCUACCAUCUGUUCGACAAGUUCACGGCCUACAGGGAGGAAUUGAAGCAGCGAAAACGUGAAGAGUUCAAGCACAUCGCCGUUUUCCCCUGCAAAGUGCGGAUUUUGCCUCAGUUUGUCUUCAAUUCUCGUGAUCCAAUCGUAGUAGGUGUUAUGGUUGAAGCUGGGAUUAUCAAAGAGGGCACACCCAUUUGUGUACCCAGCAAAGAGUUUUUGGACUUGGGCGUCGUGACGAGCAUAGAGAGCAACCACAAACCAGUGGAGACGGCGAGGAAGGGCAUGGAAGUCUGCAUCAAGAUCGAACCGGUACCCGGUGAAGCCCCCAAGAUGUUCGGUAGGCAUUUCGACGAAACUGACAUGCUCACGAGCAAGAUUUCCCGUCAGUCGAUCGACGCCUGCAAGGACUACUUUAGGGACGAUCUCCUGAAAACCGACUGGCAACUGAUGGUCGAACUUAAGAAGCUCUUCCAGAUAUUGUAAAUUACCGCGACCUAUUCACCCGGCUGAUGUAAUUUUAAUAGAGUAUUUUUUUAAAAGAGUCUACUUUUUCUCGUACAUUAUUUUUUUGCACAAUUUUCUCGUUUACAUAUUUUGUUAUUGUUUACAAAAUGUUGUUUUUUUUGUAGUGAGUCCUGCCAAACUUUUAUUUUAUUUUGCAAUAUAUUCUUUAAGUUUAAAGCGAGUUGUGGGUUUCUCUAUAUAAAAUUGGAAAAUGAAUGUAUAUUUAUAUUAUAAAAUCCUAAAUAAAUAAAUAUUCUGUAAUGUA